AUGGAUAAGCAAAAGCAUCUAACUAAUCACUCCAGUCAGGAUUCCUCAGCCCGCAUAAUUAAACCUUAAGACGAUUAUAAUUUCGUUCUUAAAGGAGCUAAGAUGGACAUUAUUUAGCCAACGAAGGAGGACUUAUAGGAGUAUGAGCAAUUUAAAAGUAAUCAAUUGUCUGUAAUUAACUUUAUUAUAGAAAAAAUGAAUUAAGAAUAGAACCAAAUGUUGACUCAGAAAGUUAAUAGUAAUAUCAGUCCAGAUAACCUAUAGAUUAAUAUUUUGUCUGAUAAUGAUGACUCUUCCUCAAAUUCAUCAUUAGAAAAUCUAGGGGCUGAUCUGAACGAGGAUUUAAAUGUAGUAGAAGAGUCGUUCGAGGAAGAGUCAGCUUUAGUGAAUCAGAUUAAUCAGUCAAAUUAUGGAUGUGAAAAAGUAGGAGUCGAAGGUGAUGAACCUCAUAACAUCUCCAAUAACUUAAUCAAUCUACCCAGUCGAUAUGAAAAGGAUAUCAAGAAAAAUAUACAAAUAGACGAAAUUUUUAUUAAUAAUGGCAACAAGGACAUGGACUUAAGUACUAAAAUAGCUCCUGAAAGCGAUAGGCAGAUUGAUGAAAAGAAAGCUAAAAAGAAGAUCAAAGUUGUUAGGCCUAAAAUUUAAAAAGAUGAAGUAGAGCUUGGCGAGAGUAAAAAAAAGAAGAAAAAAAGCAAGUAAAAAAGAUUAACCAUGAAUGUCUCACAGACAAAGUACUAUGUCGUCCGUUAUGUAGCUAAAAAUAUAUACAACAUGAGAUUAACUCAUAAUGACGAAGAAGAUUGGGAUAUAUGCUGGUAGGACGGAGCUGUUCAGUGUGAAAGACUUUAUAAGAUGAAACCGUAUUAGAGAAUAAAUCAUUUCGCAGGAAUGUAUGCUCUAGCUAGGAAAAAUCACUUGGCCAGAAAUCUUGGAAGAAUGCAGAAGAAGUUUCCAGAUGACUAUAAAUUUUUUCCCUAGACAUUCCUUUUACCCUCUGAGUAUUCUGAUUUCAGAAACUUAUUCUAGAAUAAAAAAAAGAUGAACAAAACUUUUAUUGUCAAACCAGAAGCCUCAUGUUAAGGUCGAGGUAUUUUCUUGACUAGAAAUCUUGAUGAUGUAAACCCUUACGAUCACUAUGUUAUUUAAAGGUAUCUUCACAAGCCAUUCUUAAUAGAAGGACUCAAAUUUGAUCUUAGGAUCUAUGUAUUCCUUUGUGGUGUAGAUCCACUGAGGAUAUUAAUGUAUAAAGAGGGUCUCUCAAGAUUUGCAACUGAAACUUAUCAACCUCCCAACAAUAACAACCUUGAUAAUCUUUACAUGCAUCUGACUAAUUAUGCAAUUAAUAAAACUAGCAGCAAAUUCAUUUAAAAUAAGAAUGAAGAUGCAGAUGAUGUAGGACACAAGAGAAGUUUAACUUAUGUCUGGAGAUAUUUGGAAGAACUAGGUCAUGAUGUAGAGUAGGUUUAAAAAGAUGUAAGGCAGACAAUAAUAAAGACUAUAUGCGCCGUUCAACCUCAACUAGCACAUAUUUAUAAAUCUUGCCAACCUGAUGAUGUUGAAAAUUCGAUGUGCUAUGAAAUACUUGGGUUUGAUAUUUUUUUCGACGCAAAUUUAAAACCAUGGAUUCUAGAGGUUAACCACUCACCAUCAUUCAGUACUGAUUCUCCUUUAGAUUUCAAAAUAAAGAAAAAUCUGAUUUCUGAUACCAUAAGAUUAUUGAAUCUUUCAUGGGCUAAAAAGCAAUAGUAUAAAAAGCAGAAAUAAUUAGAGUUCUAAAAAAGAGCAUUGAAAGGAAAGCCUAGAAUAACUCAUGAAGAACGUGAAACAAUAAAAUAAAAAAGAAUUAAGAAAAGAGAUAAUUUUGAGAAAAAGAACUUAGGUGAUUAUGAAUUGAUAUUUCCAUCUGAAGAGAACAACCUAGAUGAUUAUUAAAAGUAUCUAACUUUUGCAAAGAUUUCAUGGGAGGAUUUUAACUAGGGCACAUUUAAAAAGUAAAAACAAAAUGAAAGCUAAAUAUAACUUUCUUAGCAACAGCUAUCUGGUACUAAUCUCAGUGAAAAUAAUAAAAGUAGUGUUUUGAGUACUAAAGAUGAUAAGAAAAAGGUUCCAGGGUUUAUAUCAGAAGUAGGUAGUUUGAUUGAAAAAGGUAGUGUUUUACAUUCAGCUUAGAAAAAUAUGCAAAAACCUUAAUCAGCCAGAAGAGAGAAUAAAUAGGAUAGUCUGCAUCGAAAAGAUUCCUUGAAGGAUUUGACUUAGACAAUAAAUCAUAAGGAUUAAUUUUCAGAUCCAAAUCAAAUUGAUCAUCGUGGCAUCAGUCAACGUUAUAUGAUUUAGGAAAAUAACAAUUAGAUUUAGCAAUAAAUUUUGGAGUCUAACUAUAAUUCUACCUCAGACUAUACUCAGGCACCAAAUACACUUCCCAAAGCUAAGUAAGCACACAUAAGACCACCAUCAGGUAGAGUAAGAAUCUAACUUGAUCCGAACUCAUCAGAGUUUUAUAAUAAUAGCACUAAUAAAAGAGAAAGCAGACAGAUGGUUUAGAUUGUUACUAAAUAGAAUUCAAAAGGGAAAAAUGAAUAAAUAGACCUUACAGACUCUAAAUACAAUCCAUCAACUGCCAUUUAGACUACAUCCUUGUCCCUUUAAAAUUCUUAAAAUAUCAAUUAGACAGCAAAAUCAUUGCUUUAAGUUUAACCAAGAUACUAGGAGGAUAUUACUUUAAAUAAUACUCUACAUUAAAUUAGCAAAACAACUCAGAAUAAAGAUCCAAACAUAUAAAAAUCUCAUAAUAACAAUCAAACUGUAAGUAAUAUCUACAAAAACAGCUACUCAAACCUUGAUAAAUAAAUCAACUUAAAGCCAAUAAACACUUUUGAGAGAUUUCUGAAAAAUCUUACAGCAGGAGGGGUGACUGCAGGAAACUCUUAAAUGAUAUUGAGUAAAGAUUCUUCAAAUUCAGCAUAGGCACUUAAUCACUUACCGCAAGGAAGAACUAGCUUCUAGUAUGAUGCAGAUAUGAAUAUAAAAUCAAUAAAUUCAAGCGGAGUAAUUUUAGGUUAGAGUAAUGGGUAAGCAGAUAAUAAUAAUUAUAAUGCAAUGAGAGGAAACCUUUACAAACCUAGAAUCUAAAUAAGUGCGGACAGAAAGAGGACUUAAAGCUAAAAUAGAGCUAACUCUGCGAAGGUAGCUCAAAAUUAAAAUAUACCUUAAAGAACAACGUUAUAAAAGGAGGAUAACUACUAAAAUAAUACAGUACUCUAGACCAAUAGCAAUAAUUAUCGGAACCUCACUAAAAAUGGUAAGCAUUAUUCAAUUAAAGUUACUUAUAGAUGGUUCUUUGCAUAUUCCGUAAAAGUAAAUUGUUUUGUCAAAGUAAGAUUAGUAAUGGUAAGCAUCAUAAAAGAGUUACAAUCCAAGACUACAGUAUCCUCAUUACAAAUACAGCAGUUUUUCCUAAAACCAAGAUGA